CUGCAUCCUACACUGAAGUCAUCAUGGGCUUUUUCCAACUCCUGAUGAAAAAGAAGGAACUUAUUCCUUUAGUGGCCAUCAUGACCUUUGCAGCGAGUAGAGCCUCAACGUUCGCCCUGUAUUCCUUCCAGAAAAUCAACGUGAUUGUUGAUCGCCAAAGAAAUCUGGAACCCUGGGAUACUGUGAAUCCAAAUGUACCUCAGAAGCUUGUGACAAUCAACCAACAAUGGAAACCCAUUGAAGUGUUGCAGAAGGUCCGAAAGGCGACCAGAUGACCACUCUUGACCUCUUUCUUCCUAAGACUACUCUAUGAAUCUGGUGGAAACA